CCGCACAUCGCUCCGCCCUCCGGGCCUGGAGCCGCGCGGAGGAUGGCGCGGGGCCCGGGCGCCCGGGGACCGCCGCUGCCCGUCCCGCUGCUGCUGCUGCUGCUGCUGCCGUUGGCCGCCCAGGUGCCCGUCCCGGGCGACGAGCCGGGCCCGCGGGUCCCUCAGGACGAGGCCACCCUCAACGAGAUGUUCCGAGAGGUGGAGGAGCUCAUGGAGGACACCCAGCACAAGCUGAGGAGCGCCGUCCGAGAGAUGGAGGCCGAGGAGGGGGCGGCUACUGCUUGGAGGACUCCCCUGGGAGCAAGCGGACCCGGCCUCCCCGCCGACUUCCGCGGUGGGUCCGGCCCCGACGGCCAGCUGGGCGGUCUCACCCUGCGCACCCACCGGGAGAUGGACAAGGUGACGGACAACCGGACCGGGCAGACCGUCUUGACCGAGACCCCGGCCGCCUCGCCGGACGACGGCCGAAGGAAGCACGAGUGCGUCAUCGACGAGGACUGCGGGAUGGGCCAGUACUGCCAGUUUUCCAGCUUCCGGUACACGUGCCAGCCUUGCAAAGCCCAGCAGGCGCACUGCGCACGGGACGGCGAGUGUUGCGGCGACCAGCUCUGCGCUUGGGGCCUCUGUGCCAAGGACGCGUCUCCCGGCGGGGACGGGACCAUCUGCGAGAGCCAGCGGGACUGUCGGCCGGGAAGCUGCUGCGCCUUCCAGAGAGAGCUGCUGUUCCCCGUCUGCUUGCCGCUGCCCGUGGAGGGCGAGCCCUGUCACCGUGCGGCCGGCGGCCUCCUGGACCUGAUCACCUGGGAGCUGGAGCCCGACGGGGUCCUGGACCGCUGCCCCUGCGCCGGCGGCUUCACCUGCCGACCCCACAGCCACGACGCAGUGCCCGUCUGCGAGCUGACCUUCAACGACACCCACCCCCAGCUGGCUGCGGCCGGGGGCGCCCUCCGGGACCCCCUGCUCUGGGACCCGCUGCUCCGGGACGCCCCGGCGGGCGGGGAGGAGGAGGAGGACGGGGCCGACGUCAUCCGGGAAGUGCGGAAGGAGCUCCGGGAGCUGGAGAGGACUCUGGCCGAGGGGGUGGCCUCGCUGGGGCCCCCCGAGGCCUCCGACCCGCUCACGGGCGACCCCGUCUAGGGGAGGGAGGAGGCCCCGCGGCUCGCCUCGGGACGGCCGCCGCUGGGUGAAUCGCGCGUACCGUCUGCCUGCGUCGGCCCCGAACGCUCCGCCGGAUAGAUGUGCAAUAAAUCCGGGUAACCCGCCAUUCCCGCGUCCCGGCCGCCGCCACGCCGUGCUUCCGUCCCUUGUCCUCCGAGGCGGGGCGGCGGAUUCGGUGUCGGCGGGGCCGCCGGGGAGGCGGAUCCGAGGCGGGCGACCGGGCCGGCUGGCCGGUCGGUCUCUCCGCCGUCGCGCCGGGCAACGGGAACCGACGGCGUCCUCCGGGGCCCCGGCGGUGUAACGUGGGCAGACCCACCCUCCGUUUCCUUGCUUUUCUCCUCUGAGCUCUCCCUAGCGUUCGGCACGGUCGAGGAAGCCGCGCACGGUCGAGGAAGCCGCCCCUCCUACCGGUCGACUGGAAUCCGGAAGACAAGCCGUGCCGGCGGGGGUGACGGAGGACGGGCUGAGUGUUUCUCACGGGAGGGCUGGGGGUGCGCCGGAGGAGACACACACCAGGGUGGCCCCCAGCUCCGAUCCCGGCUCUGCCACGUGACCUGGGGCCAGUCACUUGCUGCUCUGGGCCUCCGUAACCUCAUCUGAAAAUUGGGCAGUAAGACCGAGCCCUGUGUGCGACGGGGACAGCGUCCAACCUAAUGUAUCUACUCCAGCGCUUAGAACGGUGCCUGGCACACACUGAGCGCUUAACAAGUAUCAUCGUUAUUAUUAUUAUAGGGCACUUUUCUUAUUAACGAAGACAGGACAAACAGCUUCCAGCUGAGCCGUUAGCCCGAGCACCCCCAAAGCAGUGCGGGCUAGCCAAGUAACCUCGGUACGGACGAGGAAUGGGUCUGCUUGUCGUCAUAUGGUACUCUCCUAAGUGCUAGUACAGUGCUCUGCACACACUAGGCACUCAAUAAAUGCAACUGAAUGAAUGAA